GAGACUGUCCGUCCGUCCGCUCUCGCGCCGCGCGCACCGCGAAGCAGCGAGAUAGCUCGCCGAGGAGCGCUGCGCGAGAGUACUGCUCGCUCGUGGAGAGAGCCUGUGCGCUGCGGCUCGGUGUACCGCACGGCUAAUAGCGCGGAACAGCGGCAAACGUGCCCGGACGGCCUUUUUACAGUGCCGCGGCCUUUUACAGUGCGCGCGGCCCUGCGCGAGAUGAGCGACGUCGCCAUGGAGCUCCUGUCGGUGACGCUGACCCGCGCGCCGCUCGGUCUGAAGUUGGACGCGUACGGUUUCCUCGCGGCGGUGCUCGACACGGCCGAGGACGCGACGCGCCGCGCGCUGCGGCCCUGCGACGAGCUCAUUGGUAUUAACGGGACGCUCUACGACGACAUUCCCACGGAGUCGACGCCCGACGCGGCCGCGGAAUUAUGUGACCUCGUCGGCGAGUACGUCGAGGCGGGCGCCUUCCCGCUCACGCUGACGUUUCGGCGCGACCCGUCUCUCAUGUGCCAACCCGUCGCCGCGUGCUUCGAGCGCCGCUCGGUCGCGCCGCCGCGCCGCUCGUCGUCGGCCGGGCCGCGCCGCCGCCGCACGUGGCGCUCGACGCGGAGCCCGAAGCGCCGCCGGACGCUCACCUCGUCUCCUUCGCCGAUCUACGCGUCUCAGACGUCGUCGUCGUCGCUGUCGUCCGUGCGGCCGCCGGGCGAAGAUGAGUUGGUCUUCGAGUCGCCCGAAGCUGCCUUCGCGCCGCCAGACGACGACGCGGCGCCGGCCUUCGCGCCACCCCCGGACGACGACGCGGCGCCGGCGUUUGCACCACCUCCAGACGACGCCGCAGCGGCACCACCCCCGGACGACGCGCCGCCGGAAGGUAUCUCCGAGCCGGCCGUCGCGCCGGACGCCGCCGUCGAGGAGGCGCCAGUCGUCACGACGACGCGGCGGCGCAAGAAGCCCCGACGGUACGCCGAGGUGCCCGACGCACCAGCGAGCCGCUGGGCCGAGGGCUCGGCGGUGACGCCGGCUCCGAUCACGCCGGCCGCGCCUCCGCCAAUUACGCCCGCGGCGCCGGCCGCGCCCGUGCCACCGGUCACGCUAUCCGCGGGCGCCGCGCCUCCACCGCGCACGCCUGCCGCGCCGGUCUCCGGAGCCGCGGCCGCGGCCGCAGGCCCGACGGUCUUCACGAAGCGGCAGAUCCUGGCGCUCAUGCCCGGCGGGACCGGUAGCAUUGUACCCGCGGUGUACGCGGCGAGCGGUACUAUCUACGCGCUCUGCUUCUCCGAGGCAGCGAACCCGGGCCUGCCGACCGUGCUCGAGAUCUCCGCGGGCGCGCAACGGGCCCGCCAGGUCGCCCUGCUCGACGGACUCCGGCAGAGCGGUGGCGUCGCGCCGCUCUUCGUCUGCCUUCGAACGCGGCGCGGGCGCCUCGAGUGCAUGCCCGGCUCGUCGUGCAAGGCGUUCCGGUUCGCGGGAUACCGCGCGGUGGUCUCCGUCGAGCGGCACGACCCGCCGAAGCUCGUCGGCGGAGAAGGGCGGCAGGCGACCGUGACGCUGGGCGCAGCGACUGCCGCGCCCUGCCCGCUCACCGCGACACCGGCCGCGGCACCUCCAGCUACGCCCGCCGCGCCGCCGCCAGUCCUGUCGCCGGUCACGUCGCCAAGAAGGGCCUCUCCGUUUCUCCCGCCGGCUCCGUCGCCGGCCGCCGCGUUCGCCUCUCCGGCCGCGCUGUCGCCGGCGCCGCCUCCAGCGGUCCCGGGUCCGACGCGGCGACGAGUUAUACCGCGGCGCUACGCGGACGUCCCAGACGCGCCCGCGAGCCGCUGGGCC